GUGUUUAAAUGAUAGAAAUACAUAUGACAAUUAUAGCCCUCUUCUUUGCGCCAUAGGUACUAUACUUAUAAAAAUGACUUGCGUGAAUUAAGUAAAGUAUUUAUCUUAACGUCUUAUCACAAUAGAUUAACGUCUAUAUAAAGACAUUGCAGUCUAUCUGCAUUAUAAUCAUGAGUUUCAAACACAAAGUAGUGCUUAUAACGGGCGCCAGCUCCGGUAUUGGAGCCGCGACGGCUAUUGAAUUCGCUAAAAAUGGAGCUAACGUGGCCAUCGUCGGCAGGAACGUGGAAAAACUGAACAACGUUGCCGGAAACUGUUCCAAAUAUUCCAAACCGUUGGUAAUCAAGGCCGACGUAGGCGACGAAGAAGAAUGUAAAAAAAUGGUUGCAUCUGUCAUAAAAACAUUUGGGAAACUCGAUGUGUUGGUCAACAAUGCUGGGAUAAUGCGAAAUGCGACUAUUUUGGAAGGUAACUUCUUGGAAAUGUACGAUGAGACCAUGAAAGUUAAUGUCCGAGCGCAUCUUAACGUGACCUCCCUCGCAGCGCCAUAUUUGGUCAAAACUAAAGGUAAUAUCGUCAAUAUAUCAAGUGUCGCUGGCUCAAUGGCACCGAGAAUGAAAGGUAUAACUCCAUACUGUGUCUCAAAGGCGGCAUUAAACCAUUUUACACGCUGUGCAGCUGUGGAAUUGGCGAGUGAAGGCGUACGAGUCAACACAGUGAGCCCUGGACCAGUUAUAACCGACUUUAUGGAUAACGCUGGUUUGACAAAUGUUAAGCUAGAGAAUUAUGCCGACUCUAUGCCACUGAAGCGUGUAUCGCAGUCUGUGGAAAUCGCUGAUAUGAUACUUUUUUUGGCAAGUGACAAGGCUGUUGGCGUGACAGGAGCGGAAUUUUUUGUUGACAAUGGUUAUAUGAUCAAGAACUGAAUUGUCGUAAUUAUUAAAUAUAUAUUUUUAUACAAACAUAUUGUAUCAGUUUAACACAAACAAAAUUUAUUCUGGAAUGUUUUUGUUGCCAUAGUUAAACAUUGCUUCUAUUAGCUAUAUUAUUUGUAGAAAACAAAAAUUUAAAACGUA